AUGAGUAGGAUGUUCAGCUCCAGAUUAUUAUCCAAAGCUACAAAAGAGAAAUUAUACUCCUCCUACCUCAGACCGAUAGUAAUGUACGCAUGCGAGACAUGGUCCACAACACAAGGGGACGAAGUGAAGCUACUCACCAUCGAAAGAAAAGUCUUACGAAAAAUUUACGGACCUGUGCGAAAUCAAUUUGGGGAAUAUGAGAGACGAAAGAACGAUGAACUAGGAAGGUUAUAUAACAAACCAAAUAUCUGUUUGUUCUUAAAAGCGAAACGAUUAGAGUGGGCUGGCCAUGUUUGGCGAGCUGGUGGAAGUGUCAUACGGAAUGUCCUAAUCCGAAACCCAACAAAAAAGCGACCAAGGGGAAGACCUCGACAGCGGUGGUUAGAUAGAGUUAAGAAAGAUAUUUCAGAUACCGAUGAGACAAAGCGAUUGUAA